UAAAGAUUUUGAAGAAACGUAUUAGAGUAGUGUUGAGUCUAGGAUAGACGGACUGCAUAAGGUAACACGGUAAAGCAAUAUACCGUCUUUCUUUGCUUGUUUUUUUUUAUUUUCGCUUGUUUUCUACGCUCUCCCUUUCUCUCUCCCUCCGUCUCUCUCCCUCUCUCUCUCUCUCUCUCUCUCGUUGACUUUCUCUCUCUCCCUCCCAUCUUUUUCGUUAUAUUUCUGCCUCUCACCAUGUCUAUGUCUCUGUUUCUCUCUCUCUCUCUCUCUCUCUCUGUAUAUAUAUAUAUACCGGUAUAUCUUUUUCUCUCCAUGUUUUUAUCCCUCUGGCUAGCAGGUAAGCUUAUGUUUUAACACUAACACACGUCGAAAUAUUGCAUGGCACAUUUAAAGUUAGCAGUGGGGUAUCUAAGUUCAGUGCCGCGAGAGGGGGGGGGCAAGAUAUGCAUGCCGCAUAUAAGAAAAAAAAUGGCCCCCGGGGCUGACCAUCUCCUUAGCAACACCCCCCUCCCCAACCCCGCUUUCUACGCCAAAGCACUUUGUUAUUUAGAAAAAAAAAAUGUUAAUUAACAACACGUUAAAAAAAACACAACUGCUGUUCAUGUGGAACAGCGGCAGUCGGCUGUUUGGCCAAUCAGGGAGGGGUAGGGGGGGGGGUCACUAGCCAGGUGAUAUACGUGGAGAUGUUUACGCCAGAAACUUAACUGCACAUGUCAAGGCCACGGAUAAAAUUAACCAGAUCUUCAAAAUCAAAGUACGCUAAGCUUGGCAGACAGAUGGGUUUAUUAUUUAUAUUAUUGAUGGAAAUGGGUUAUUUUUAAAAUUAUAAACACACACACACACACACACACUCACACACAUAUAUAUAUAUAUAUAUAUAUGCAUUAAAAUAUUUUUUUUUUGUUUUUCACAAAAUAAAGAUGAAAGAAGUACGGUAAACAUUAUUUUAUUUUUAAACCCGACCCAAUUCAAGGAUUAUCCUAAUCCAUUCUAGUUAGCCUCGUCCCGUUACAUAACCCAGUUCGGCUAAUCCACCCCCAACGUCAUUCAUGUGUUAUCUUUUUUUCUUGUUUACCUACAGGAUGUCCCUCCUAACAAUCGGUCUAGCACUCCUGGUCUUGGUGGCAUUUUUUUAUCUUCUGAGAUCCAGGGCCAGUCGGAACCGGGCCAAAUGUAAACUCAUUCCGGGCCCUUCUGGGUUCGGCUGCAUCAAGGCUUUCAUAAGUGGGGCCAGGAAGAACAACCUUCACGUUUUGGCCUCGACGUGGGCGGAGAAAUACGGCAACGUCGUCAGGGUUAGGCUUUUCACACAGGACAUCGUCUACAUCAACGACGUCCGAAUGGUGCGCCACCUCUUCAACAGCCCUGCCCUGAAAGAGCUGACCAACGACCGACCGCCGACCUUCAUCAGCAAGUACGUCGUCUACGGAGACAAGAGCGUCGCGUUCACGUCCAGAACGGCGCAGCAGAGGGUCAGGAGGAAGCUCUUCCACAGCGUCCUGAAGUUCUACGGGGAGAACGUGGCUCGGUUCGAGGAGAUCUUCAUGAAAAGUUUAAACAAACUCACCGGCCAGAUGCAGCUGCUGAACGCGGUCGACCUGUCUCAAGAGAUCUCCACGGCGACCCUCCGUGUCGUGGACUCGCUGCUGGCCGGCGAAGGGUCGGACAACAGCGGUGAAAAACUGGCGACUUUGGCCAAGUUCGACGCGGCUUUCAGCGACUUGUUCUUCUUCGACAACGAGACCGUCCUGCAGCCUUUCCCGUUCCUGCGCUUCGUGCCCGGGCUGUCCUUCAAGUCCAAGUAUGACGACUUGAUCCGGGCCCGCGACAACCUGGUCGAUGCGUAUUUUUAUGAUGUCAAAAAGACCUACGUCAGAGGUCGGGAGCGGGGCGUCGUAGACCAGUUGCUUACGGCGCAGGCCACCUACGAGGACGGCGGCAACAAGGACAUGUUGGAAGAUGACGUCAUCAAAGCCCUGCUGUGCGAAACGACCAUCGCGAGUUUCCUGACCACCUCCCACGCCAUGAACACGCUCUUCCUACUGGUCAUACUCCAUAAAGAAAUCCAAGAAAAACUUUACGCCGAAGUUAAACAGGUCAUAGGCCACGACCCCCCGAGCUUAAAGCACCGCGGCUCCAUGCCCUACACCGAGGCCGCCAUUUUAGAAGUGCUUCGCUACGCCACGGCUGGCCCAUUCCUGCUGCCCCACUACUGCAGGGACAACGUCCCCCUGGGGGAGUUCACCAUCCAGAAAGGCGCCAUUCUCCUCGCCAACGUCUGGUACUGCCACCGCCGGGAAGACCAGUGGGAGGAGCCGUGGACGUUCAAGCCGGAUCGCUUCCUGGACGAGAACGGCGCCCUGGUGCAGGCGGACCACCCCUUGAGGCAGAACCUGCUGGUGUUCGGCAUCGGGAGCAGGUCGUGCCCCGGGGAGGCAUUCGCGAGAUCAAGGAUGUUUCUCAUCGUCGUCACGCUGGUCAAAAACUUCGAGUUCUUCGCCCUGGACGGCGUGCCGCUGCCGGACCCUGACCCACGUUCUUGGAAACCGAACGCUGUCAUGGGCCCAGGUCCUUACAGAUGUGGCAUCCGGCCGAGGAGUAGGAGUGUUUAAUUUGUUCUACUCUUGUCUUUCCAUAUCCAGGAACUCGAUUGUGGUGGUGUCAAGGCUGGAGAGAAGCAAACAUGCAUAGACUAUAAAAACCUUAAUGUUGUUGCUUUAAAAUGGAUUCCCAUCCCCCAGCUCCUAAUAGAGUAAUGAGCUCAGAGCUUUAUAUUUGUAUAUAAUAUGUAUUAUCUUGUGUGUGUGAUGGCGAAUCCUCAACAAUGCGUAGCUUCAGAUUUCAGAACGUAGUCAUAUUAUGAAGUUUAGAAAAACGGUUUUAGAGCAAUUUUUGUUGGGUUUUUUUUUUUGGUUUUGUUUUUUUGGGGUUUUUUUUUUUGUAAAUAGAGUUUGAAAUGCCUACCCGCUUAAGAAAUAAAGACAUCAUAAUAAUAUAAGGGCGAGCCGACUCUCUCAUUUUGUUUUAAAUUUUACACGGCGCCCUUUUCGUACCCUCAAUGAAGAUAUUUUCAGGGGGGGGGGG